AUGGAAGAGCUCCAGCUCCUCCUCCCCGUGGCCGGCGACGACGCGGCAGCCUUCGUGCUGUCCCGCCUGCCCCACCCUGGCACAGCAGCCGCCGACGCUGCCGCCUUCGUGGACGCCACCACAGGCACGGGCACGGGCCUCUCUUUCAACGCCCUCCGCCGGGCCGCGCUGUCCCUCGCCUCCGCGCUCCGCCUCGGCCUCGGCCUCCGCCGCGGCGACGCCGUCCUGGUCCUCUCGCGCAACUCGCUCCUGCUCCCACAGAUACUCCUCGGCUUCCUCGCCGCCGGCGCCGUCGUGGCGGCCGUCGACCCGGACGCCACGCCCGCCGAGGUAGCCGCCGCCGCGCGCGACUCGGGCGCGGCCAUGGUCGUCGCCGCGCCCGAGGUGGCCGCGAAGCUCGCCCCCGCCGCCGUGGGCCUGCCGCCGCUCCUCCUCACGUCGCGGUCGCCGGAGGAUCCCGCGGCGCUCUCGGCCGAGGAGCUCAUCGACGGCGGUGACCCUGUGGACCCUGCUGCCGCUGCUGCUGAGGUGGUGGCCGUGUCCAACUCCGAUGUGGCGUUCCUGGCCUACCCGUCCGCGACAACAACCGCCGCCGCAGUCACGAUGACGCACGCCGAUCUUGUCACUGCCAUGGCCCGCGUCGCGGACGGCGGCGGCGACGGCGGCCGCCGGGUGUGCCUGGCGUCCCUUCCCAUGUGCAGCGCCCACGGCCUGCCGCUGCUCGCCCUCGGGCUCCCAGCUGCGGGAGCCACCACGGUGCUACUGCCUCCGCCGUCGUCGCAGUGCGAUCCGAGGGCGGCGAGAGAGGCCGUGGCCGCGCACGCCGCCACGGACUUCGUGGCGACGCCUGAGGAGGCGGCGGCAGCUCUGGCCGCUCCCGUGCCGCUAGAUGGGAAGCUCUCCUCGCUGAGGAGGGUCAUCGUGGCGCCCACACCGUUGACGCCAGGGGCACGGGAGGAGUUCCGCCGGAGGCUACCGUGGGUCCAGCUGACGCAGCUGCUGUCCGGCACGCCGGAGAACCAAACGGAGCAACUGCCGUCACUGAAACCUGAGGUGAUCACGCCACCUGCAGGCGCUGCGGUGAUACAGUAA